AUGGGGGAUAUCGCUGGUAUGACGACAGUGCGAAGUUUGAAGACCCACUUGCGGACUCGUCACGACGUCCCAUUAUGCAUACAGCAGCUUGUGGACAAAGAGACCGGCUGUAUCUUGGAUGAUGCGAUGACGUUGAAGCCCCCCUGUGACCUGCAGCUGGUUAUGCUGAAAGCCGAGGGUGUAGCGCAGCAGAGGCUUGCAGACGAACUCAUGGGUGCAUCUUCCGGCGGCAAGGUCGAGGCUGUGCGGUUUCUAUAUCGAGCCGGAGCUCAUAUGGACUUGAGAAGCAGGUUCGGAGACACUGCUCUCACCUGUGCAUCUUUGUACGGCCACAUCGAGGUUGUGCGGUUGCUGAUAGGGUUUGGUGCCAUGGUGGAUCUGCCACACAGCUACAGAAACAGCAACCGCUCCGGAAAGACACCUCUGAUGUUUGCAUCUGAGAAUGGUCGUGCCGAGAUUGUGCGGUGCUUGGUGGAAGCAAGGGCGUCCCUGAACACAUCCCACGGCAAAACAGCUCUCGUAGAUGCAUGCAAAUUGGGCCACGUUGGGGUCGUGCGAGUUCUGGUUGAAGCAGAAGCUGACACUAACAUAGUCGUUCUUGACACAACACCGUUGAUGUGUGCAUCUAUUCGCGGUCACACCGAGGUGGUGCAGUGCCUCGUGGAUGCCAGGGCUCAAUUGGACUGGGUCAAUGGGAAGGGCAGCACAGCUCUCACGCGUGCAUCCGCUUUGGGCCGCAUUGAGGUUGCGCACUUGCUAAUGGAAGCCAGUGCCAAGUCUUGGGUCGGGGUUCUCGGAAACUUUGGCUGGUUUAGGUGCAUUCUUUGGCCCAUGUUCCUGCCGAAGAUCUCACCGAUCUUAUUGCCGAUUGUUCUCUCGGUGACUUCUCCUCUCGCGAGAGUCUGCGCAAGCAGCCCGCACAGAGCUUGCACAGAACGUGAGCAGCAUCUCUGCCAGCAGCGGGCCAAUGUGAGGCCAAUAUAG